GCGAGGGAAGCGGGCUGAGGGAGAUCCGCUUCCCCCGGGCAGUGCUCUUGGCCGCUGGCCGGCCGCCUAUCCCCGGGGCGGAGGGUCUGCGCUGGGAGAUGGCCACGGGGCCGGAGUCGCGCUGCCGGUUUCUCCAGCUGCCUAGGCGGGCUCCGCUGGAGUCCCGGCCUGGUCCCUGUGAUGCUGUCGCAUAUGGAGGCCUAUCCGGCCGCUCCGGAUGGUCCUCCUCGCCAGUGAGCCUGGAUAUCCGCCCCGGUGCCCCUUCCUGUCCCCUCCCGCCCCGGUGCCGCGGGGAGGCCGGGCUUGUUCUCCGCAGGAUCGGAUCACAAACGGCCUCUGGCGGGACUGGGGCGCACCUGGCAUGGGGAGAGCGACCCCUCCCGGGCCCCGUUGGCCUCUGGAUGGAGGAUACCGGCGAACGUGCGGGCUGGUGCUGGAGGCGCCCGGGUCGUGCUCCGCUUGGAGGCGGAAGGUGCUGUGUUUUCUAGGCUUGUGAUGCAUCGGCAGUGGCCCUAAUCAGGCUGCGGAAUGUGGGGAUGCUGACCGAGGUCUUGAGUUUGUGGGACCGCUCGCUGGCUCAGGCUCGACACCUGCUGGCUUCUCCUAAAUAGCAGCGCCUCGCCGAAGCCUUCCGUGCAACGGGCCUAUCUGCAGACUUCACUCAGAUUGUUGCUCCAGUGAAACUAAAUCUCCCAGUUGAUAAACUUCUUGCUUUGACUGUUAAAUCCAUUUUUUUGCCAGCAGCUGAGAUAGGGAAUCGCUUACCGACUUACCAGUUUUUUUCUAAUAAAAUUCAUAAACAUUGUUCACCCACUUUAGUUUAUUUAGUUUCAGUUAAUGCCAUCCUCUGGCGUAUGCUGGAUUUUCUUCAGUUGUCCUUCCCAGACCAUGAAUUUGAUUGCAUGGGAUCUGGGUAUGGGAAAUUCUACAGUGAUAAUUAAGUUGAUUUUACAGAAUUUAUCAGGUCUUCCAAGCAAAAACAGGUAAGCUGCCUAAAGCUUAAUGCUUAUCACUGAAUAUUGUCAAAGAUCACGCAUGGCCUUUUCACACAUACUUAUGACUGGGAAUUAGGACGUACUCUCCUGAGUGCAUGUGGCUGCUGCUGUUAGUAUCCUGACUGUCUGAAGGAGGCAACGUUGUUGAACGCUGAAUAAACGUUCCCAUUGGUGAGCAGAACUGGUCAGUUGGUAGACCAGCUUGUCUGAAAGUCUAAAUUCAUCAUUGUUGAUGAAUUACUUUAAUUCUCAGUGAAGUAGUUAUCCUUUUUGUCUGUAAUCUUCUACCUAGACUUCACAGUGCUAUGAUGGAAAGUGUCCCGUUAACACUAAAACAUAAGAUUUUGGUCCUUAGUAUCAGGUAGAGAUUUCUGGCAGGUAGCAACCAUGCCAUGAAGGACUUGAGGCAUUCCUUACUUAUCUUGGAUGGUGAGAAGAGUGACUUACGUGGAUUUUGUUGCCCUUAAGAUAGGGAAUAUUGACAGUUAUGUGCGUACAUCCAGGUGGAGUAGCUAAUUGUUCUGACUACUUAAUCAACCUUAAGAUUAAAACAGGGUCACUGAUUGAUUUGAAUUUGAGAGUUUUUGAUUUCAUAAAUCUUGAUUGAUUGAGGCAGGGACCUUCCUUAAAAAGGCUCUAGCUUAUGUAUUAAGAUACUGUAAUAGAUGAGUACUAAAGACUUGCUAUCAUGUGUACCUUUUUGUCUGCAGGUGAUUUUUGCUGUGGGUUGAGCUCAGAAUGGCUGUAGUCAUCCGUUUACAGGGGCUUCCUGUUGUUGCGGGUCCUGCAGAUAUUCGCCGUUUCUUCUCGGGAUUGAAUAUUCCUGAUGGAGGAGUGCAUAUUAUUGGAGGAGAAACUGGGGAGGCUUUUAUUAUAUUUGCAACAGAUGAAGAUGCACGACGUGCCAUGAGCUGUUCAGGAGAGCUUAUCAAAGACUCCCCCAUAGAGCUCUUUCUCAGCAGCAAGACUGAAAUGCAAAAUACAAUAGAAAUGAGCCGGAAAAGAUUUGAUCGUGGGGGAAGAGAACCAAUGUCUGGGUCUAGACGAACAGGUGGUAGUAAUUCUGGUGCAUCAGGCGUUGGGAACCUUUCAAACUUAGUUGCAGCUAUUACAAAAGGAAUAAAUAAAUCUGGUUAUGUUCCAUCAAAUCACCUAGAGUCUGGCUUUCAUACCAAUGGCACAAGACAUGGUGAUCCAAGUAUACCUAAAUCAAACUAUAAUCAGUCAAGAAAGGAGUCAGUGAGUUCAGAUGAUGUUUAUUUAUUUCUACAUGGCAUACCGUACUCUGCAACAGAAGAUGAAGUACGUGCUUUCUUUUCUGGAUUACGAGUAGAGGGAGUGAUCUUUAUAAAACGUCGCAAUGGCCUAAAUAAUGGUGAUGGUUUGGUAAAAUUUGCUACACCUCAUGGUGCCUUAGAAGGACUUAAACGUCAUAGACAAUACAUGGGUCCAAGAUUUAUAGAAAUAAGUCCAGCUACUGAAGAACAGUGGCUUGAAUAUGGUGGCAGGGUAGACAUGAAGAAUGAGAUUGCUCGUUACUUAAGCAAAGAGCGUUCUCCAACAAGAGGUUCAAACUAUACUCAUUCAAGAAAACAUUCUCAUUCAAGAUCUCCUCCAAGGAGACAAAGAACGCGCUCUCGUUCACCUCGUGGCCAGGAAUUUUACUUACACUUAAGAAAUCUACCUACCUAUCUUGAGAAGAAAGAUCUGAGAACUUUCUUUGGAAAGCUGGAUGUGUCUAACAACCAAAUCAAGCUUUUACUGGACAAGCAUCAAAGGAAGACAAGAAAUGCAUUUUUGAUGUUGAAGAAUCAGAGAGAGUUUGAUAUUGCUCUGGAACAUCACAGGAUGUUUCUCUUCAAUCGUCCUGUUUACAUUUUUCCUAUUUCUAGAAGAUCGAUGUUGAAACUAAUUGAGUCAUAUGAGAAGAAGAGCUCACAAGAAAGAGAUCGGCCUGGACAGGCUGUAUCGGAAAAAAGUUAUCGGGAGGGGCAUUCUGGCCCAAAGAUGUGCAUAUAUAUAAGAAACUUUCCAUUUGAUGUGACAAAAGUUGAAGUACAAAAGUUCUUUGCAGGAUUUGCUAUUGAUGAAGAUGAUGUCUACUUGCUUUAUGAUGACAAAGGAGUUGGGCUGGGAGAAGCAUUGGUAAAAUUUAAAUCUGAAGAGCAGGCAAUGAAAGCAGAAAGUUUAAAUCGUCGAAGGUUCUUGGGAACAGAGGUACUAUUAAGACUUAUAUCUGAAGAACAGAUGCAGGAGUUUGGUUUAAAUGUUCUACCAUCAGCAACAAGUGGAAAAAUGCAGGUUAAUUCACAGGCAUAUGACAGAGGUGAGCAUUCCCGUCCAGCUGCUUCACCACCUGGACAACCACAAGGAUUACCUAUGCACUCAUUUGGUCCUCCUGGGAGCUUUAGGCAUCCUUCUGAUGUUAGACGACCUCCUGAGGAUUUUCGAGGUCCUCCACCUUUUAUGGAUUUUGGUGGUGAUGGCGAACCUUUUGGUAGGAUGGAGUAUGGAAACAAUAACAUGGGAGGCUUUUCUGAGGGAAGAUUUAUGUCCGAUCCAAAUUUCAGUGGUGGUUCUGAUCGUGUAACUCCUAUUAGAUUAAAGAACUUGCCAUUUAGAGCCACCCCUAAUGAAAUUUUGGAUUUUUUCUAUGGCUAUGGUGUCAUUCCAGAGUCUGUUUCUAUACAGUGUAAUGAACACGGACUACCUUCAGGUGAUGCCAUUGUUGCUAUGACAAAUUAUGAGGAAGCAAUGGCUGCUAUUAAUGAGCUAAAUGAUAGACCAAUUGGCCCACGCAAAGUUAAGCUAAGCUUGCUUUAAAGAGAGAAAAUGUUUCUCAGAUUAAAAAUUCUAGACAUCACAGUAUUGAUGCAGUAAGAUGGAUUCUUAUUUACAAGUUUUUGUUACUGGAAGAUGCAGAAGAAAGAGUUUCCAUAAACAGAGGAAGUUGUAAAUAGUGUCAUGUUUAGUUAUUUUGUAUUGGUUCAAAUUGACAUCUGUAAGGUUUUUUUAGAAGACAUCUUAGAAGUGUAUUAUGCUUAUUUUUAUUUUUAUGGCAGAUGGAGAGGUCAGUAAUCCUAAUGGAUUGUCUGUUGACUUGUAAGGUGCAUAUCUUGAUAUUAAGACAUACAAACAUGGAGUUGUAAUGCAUUUGGGGGUUUUUAGUUUUGCUUUCAUUCCAUGGUUCCAUGAUUCUUUGCAUCAUUUGAAAAUGUAAAACUGCUGGUUGACUUGGUUGUACAGACUGGUCAAAGAGAACAAUUUCAGUGCCAUCUUCAUUAGUAAAUAUCCUUGGAGCUAUAGUCAACCCUAGAUAUUUAGAAUAGGUAAACUGUAAACAUGAGUGAAUUUCUUAUGUGUAAACUGUUUAGUCUUGUUCAGUUUCACGUGGUCGCAGGCAUCUCAAGUUAUUCUCAUAAAAUUAGUUUCCUGUUCAUGUUAGCUGGCUGUGCAACUUUUAAAAAAUAAAUAAAAGGAUUUACAGCUAUGAGGAUUACCUGUUUAAAAUUUAUUUGUGUACACUUAUUCAUCGAACCCUUGGUCAGAAUCAUGCUGACCAUCUUUCAUGGAAGGGGUAAAAAAUGGGUAUUCAGUAUACACUGCUCUUUGCACAUGUUGGUCAGUUUUGGCUCUAAAACUGGUUCUCAACCUAUUUAUCAUUGUGGGCCACAGGUUGAGAACUACAGCGCCCUCCCACCCCCCACAACUUCCCACAGUCCUUUAUGCCCAGUGCCCUCCGCCCAGAGACCCUGGACCUGCUGCGUGGGGCCGGCAGCCGGACCCCGCAACCUGAACCCCGGGACCCUGCCACAUGGGGCCAGGUAGCCGGGACCCCUGGUGCCUGGCCAGGAGCGGAGCGCCUGGUGCAGGCCGGCAGCGAGGCCCAAGGUACGGGGCCAGGAGCGGAGCCCCACCUAAAACCUGGGGGUGCUGCAGACCCCUGCAAACUCGUAGUUCCAAGCACGCAACCCCCCACAAACCUGCCCAGGGACUCACUCUCCUGCACCCUGCCCCCCUGCGGCACUCACCAGCCCCCUGCUGGUAGGAGCGCUCCUGCAGGCUGCCAGACACUGUCUGUCCCUCAGCCAGCCCCGCCCCAGACCAGAGCAAAUUUUGAAUUUUUUUUUUAGCACACAGCUGGGUUGAGAACCUGUCCUCUGAAAUCUGUGUUCAAAAUUUGGUGGGAUUUUCUGUUCUAUCUCAGCAUAGUAUAUUGUCAACAGUGGGGAGUGAAAGUAGGAUAUAGGUUUUUUAGUGUCCCAUAUCCACAUUCUUGAAACUAUUAUUAGGAAUAAGUUGGUAGUUAUAACAAAUGUCUUAAAUGCAAGCUAGUUCAGUGACCAUGCUGUACAGACUUACUAACAUCUGAGCAGUAUGUCAGUGGCAACUACCCAGUUACAUCCAGUUAUUUACUGACCUUUUCCUAUAGGAAUGAAAAAGACCUUGGCUUAAAUCUAGAUGUUUAGAAUGCUUUUCUAAGUAGUAUGCUGCUACUUUUAAAAUUGAAACGAGGAAUAGAAAGUGAGGUUGCUUCUUGUUUCUUUUGUGGUUCAGAAAAUAAGUUAGGUUCCCUCUAUUUGUGA